CACUUGUCAAAUGCAAAAAAACGAGCGAAAGUUUAGAAAACAAAGUUUGGAUUAACUUCAACUUAUUAUUAAACAUCGAUUUAAUGAUUACUAAACAAUUAUCCUGCAGUUUUAUAGAAGUAGUAGUAGUGUAAAAUCAUGUAAGGUAUAUUUGUUGCUGUUUUCGUUUACUGCGUUUGUGAAUUUGUGCUUGUGUCAACUGAAUACAUCAUGCCGCCAAAAUCUAAAAGGAUUAAAAACAUUACAACAUCGAAGGAAAACACUUUUAUUGCAACUAAGGCAAUCAAAAAAAGUGUUAUUACAAAUGCUAAGGUGCCCAGAAAACCUUUAGCUGACAAAACCAAUUCGGCGUCAGACGACAAUGACCCCUUGACUUCUCCUAAAAUUAGGAUGCAAACAAGAAAAAUGAAAGCAAAAAAUGUGAAUACUGUUGAUGUGAAAGAAAACGAGAAAGUUCGUCAGAAACGAAUUCAAAAGGUGCCAGAUAUUAGUAAAAAUCAAGUUUUAAACUUAAAAAGUAAUGUACCAAUCAGCAAACCAGAACUUUCUAGGGUAUUACAGAAGAAGCCAAUUACUGUUUUUGAACCAAUGCAACAAGUAUGUGAGAAAGUUGUGGAGACCCAAAUUACUGACAGUCGUCCUAAAAGGAUAUGCCGUCUUCCAUCUAAAUUUGAUAAUCAUUUUAUAAGCCCAAGUAAAUGUAUUCCUGUUCAACCAAUACAGGCAAGUACUCCAAUAGUGCAAAUUGAAAAACAAAUGUCUGCUAUAUUUGAUAGUAAAAUGAUUGAAAACACUAAUAAAAAUCUGCAGACCUCAUACACAAAAUCUAUGUCAACAGAAAGUUCUAAAAAUAGUAGUAUUGAUAACAGCAGUUAUAAUCCAUCAAUGGAAAAACCAAAAAGAAACCUAAGAUCAACAAAACGUAAACUAACUAAGCCUGUACAGGAAAAACAAAAAGAAAGCAAGAAAAUCCCUAAUACAAGGAAAAAACAAGCUGAUACCAAUAAUAAUGCAAAAGAUUCAAAUCUCAAACAAAGCUUAUGUACAUCACCUUGUAGAGAUGUAAAUAAAAUAGCUAAGAAUAGGAUGAUCAAAAAAGACCAGUCUUUCAGAUUACUUGACCAGAAAAAAGAUGCUAAGAAAAGAAGUGCCAAUAACCUUGAUGUGUAUGAAUUCACCUUUGAUCCCGAACAGGAGCCUCCGCCGCAAAAGAAAAAACGUAAAAGAAUUGUUAAAAAACAAGAUAAGCCUAAACCUGUUUACAAAAGUAAAUAUGAAAAGAAUGUUGCAAAAUCAUUAGCAGAUUUGAAAAACGUUUUAUCUAAAAAAUCUGAAGCUAAUCACCAAACCAAAACAACAUUACAAUCUCAAAAUAAACCCAAACCAACUGUGAAUAACAUUAAAGAUGUACCUCAAAUUACAAAUAAUGUAACUGAAAAUGUAAUUCAAAAUAAAAAUAAUACUAUAGAUAAAAGUGUACAUCAAAAUCCAAGUAACACAGAAAACAAUGGUUUUCAGCCAAAUUACAACUCUUUCAAUGUCGAAGCCAUAGUUCUAAAAGAUAUAUCCAUUACUAACAAUUGUAAUGACUUAAAUUAUUCCCCUGUCAAUUCCCCUGACCAUGUAAGACAAGCAUCUGAACCUCGGAACAUAUGUGCUAUUGAUGUACGUAACAAUCCCUUAAACAUACAAGAGGAUAUUAGUUUCUUUGAUGAUCUUCCUGUAGCCAGUAGUAGUAUGAAUAUGUCAGCAAGAAAUCCAUCAGCUACCCCUUGGAGAGCUGAAUACGAACAAUUACCUAUCAAAUGGCAAGUAAAUACGUACGUAAAAGCAAAUAUGACGCCAGCAUUUGAAUGCUCGUUUAUAAAUUUUGAAAAUAAGAAGAAACAUGUUUAUACAAACAUGGUACCAGAAGACAAUGAACCACUACCAGAGAUAAUAGAGACAGAAAAAACAUCUAAAUUGAAACAAACAAGUAUAAUUUCAUUCUUCAAAGAAGUUGUAGAGCGACAAACACAGAAGAAAUUAAAAUCGAAAACAACGCCUGUUAAAAAUCCAGCAAUUGAUAAUAGUAACACAGAAGCACUUUCCGAAGAACAAAUUGUGUCUAAUUCUGUUCAUACACCACAGAAAAUAUCAAGAACGAUUACUGAUUUGUCCGAUAAGGAAAAUUCAACAGAAAUUGUUCAACAAAACUCACCAAUAAAAUCUAAAACAAAAAAAUCUCAUGAAAAUAAAAAAGACAAAGAUGUUACUUUCUUUGGUUUUGAUGAAAGUCAAGAGCAAGAAAAUGUGUCACCAGUUAAAGUAAAAAAAGGCAGAGUAAAUGCAUUCAGGCCUCGAUCCAGAGCAAUCUUACAAGAAUUUAAUGCACAAAAUCUUCCAAUAAGGAUGCCUUUGAGGGCAAAGAAAAAAGAUAGAAAUGUAAUCAAUGAAGUUUUUGAAGAGAUAACCGAAAAGAACCUUUUCCAUGAAAAAGACAAAGAAAUUACUGAAGAAACAGAUGUAGUAGAACAAAGUAAUGUUAAUUUAAGUCCGGAAGAUUCCCAGUCUGUGCAUUUAUUUGAAGAUCUGGAAGUUAUACAUUCUAAGCCUCCAAGAAAGAGUUAUGGUAAAGCAAAGAAAGUAGCAUUCCGACACCAUUCCGAGUCCAGUGACACUCAGGAGAUUGAAGUCCAAGGACAAGAAGGCUCCAGCGGAGAGGAAGACAACUUAGACGAUCUGACAUUCCAAAUGCCAUCAGCGCAGACUAAAAAGUUAAAGAAAAAGAAAAAAACAAAACAACGUUCAAAGAAAGAGGACAAAGAAGCAGAAGAAUGGGCGGCAGGAUUCAACUCAAUGUGCGAAGAUAUUGAUCAUUUUGAUUUAAUUGUGGAAUAAACGGAAUUAUUUUUAAGGUAAAUUCUGUCAUUACUACGCCAUAGACGAUAAACAUAUGUUUCUGUUUGUUUUUAAAAAAGGAUAGUAUAUGAAAAACAGGUAUUUCAAAAGAUUUUAAAUACAUACAUAUUUUUAUUUAAAGACAAUGUGUAUUACUUAUUUAAUUAAUUAAAAGUUUUAAUUGAAUGUUUACUUUACUAAUGUAUUGGAUUGUAAGUGUAUAUAUUCCCACAUUCCUUUAGACAGAUGUCAUACUGUAAACCAGUGUUUCUCAAAGUGGGUGAUGACGCCCCCUGGGGGCAUUUGAAACCUAGAGAGGGGCGUUAUAGAGCCCCAGAAAUAAUUGGGGGGCGUUGAUAUGGGUUAGAGGGGCGAUGCAUUUGUAAUUUUAAUUUCACUAAUAUUGUAUAAAAAUGGGGGGCGCUGAAAGAAAUAAGUUUGAUAAACACUGCUAUAGACCUACAAGGCUCUUAUAGCAUUUGGCAAUUUUUUGAAAUAACAUUGUCAUCUCGAAAGCAUCAUUUUAGACAAAUUAGAGAAAGGCCAUUGUAUAGUGAAUGUUGCAAUUUUUAUAAUUUUUAAAGUGAUAGUGUUUGAUUUUGUUUUCAAAGUGGAAGAAUUACGAAAGUUGAGAAUAUUUUGCUUAGUAACCAGAAAAACUAGCAAGCGCGAUGUCAAUUUCAAAAAAGUGCCAUAAAAUCCUUGUAGGAAAUAACUGUGUCGUCUUUUUACUUAUUGUCAUUUCCUCCGCUUAUGUUGGUAUUACAUAUUUUUAUUUUUGUCAUUUCCUCUGCUUAUGUUGGUAUUACAUACUUUUAUUUUUGUCAUUUCCUCCGCUUAUGUUGGUAUUACAUAUUUUCUGACAGAACAAUAAAGACAGAAAAGUGUCUCAUACUCACCUGUAACCCAUUUGGGUUGUUUUUUUAAGUUACUCGGAACUAAGAUAGAUAUUGGUACAAUCUUUUACUUUAUAUUAAAAUCUAAAAGAGAUAUUUAUUUGAAAUGUAAUUAAGUUAGAAUUACAAUAAAUACUAAUCUAGGUUUUUAAGGCUAAAUAAUUCCGGGGCUUUAUAAA